CAGAAAAUGCUCCCAUUUGGUGGCAGUAUUGGGUGUUUUGAUCCGUCCGCCUUUGACGUCAUUUUUAACUGACUGUAAACAUGGCAGGAAAGAAAACACUGCACAGGAGUUACUCAUAGAGCCAUUGCGGCUACAAAAUUUAGCUAAGGAAGUGUUGGAUGUCACGCGCAGGGGUAACAUGGCCUCGAGCUUUGCCCCGCCGAGGCUCGUGGACUUCCUGCUCACAGAGAAACUCGGAAGUGGCACCUAUGCCACGGUGUACAAAGCCUACAGGAAGACGGAUAACAGGGAAGCCGUGGCCGUGAAGGUGGUCAGCAAGAAGAGCCUGAACAAGUCGUCGAUGGAGAACCUGCUGACGGAGAUCGAGAUCCUGAAAACCGUGCGCCAUCCGCAUAUCGUGCAGCUUAAGGACUUCCAGUGGGACAGUGAGAAUAUCUACCUCAUUCUGGAGUGGUGCUCUGGUGGAGAUCUGUCACGCUUCAUCCGGAGCCGGCGGAUUCUCCCCGAGCGAGUGGCGCGUCUCUUCCUGCAGCAGAUGGCCUGUGCCCUGAAGUUCCUCCAUGAAAGGAACAUCUCUCAUCUGGACCUGAAGCCCCAGAACAUCCUGCUGAGUGGCAACGUCCUGAAACUAGCAGAUUUCGGCUUCGCUCAGUACAUGUCUCCGUGGGACGAGCAGAGCUCCCUGAGAGGUUCUCCCCUGUACAUGGCUCCGGAGAUCGUGUGUCGGCGGCAGUACGACGCCAGAGUCGACCUCUGGUCCGUCGGGGUCAUCCUUUAUGAGGCGUUAUUCGGUCGCGCCCCGUUUGCUUCUCGCUCUUACGCCGAACUGGAGGACAAAAUCCGCAGCGAUAAACCCAUCGAGCUGCCAGCCGGUGCCAGAGUAUCCCGAGACUGUCGGGAUUUGUUACUCAGGCUGCUAGAGAGAGAUCCAGACUCACGCAUCUCAUUCGACGAGUUCUUUCUUCACCCGUUUGUGGACCUGGAACACAUGGCCAGUUCUGAGAGUCUAGAUAAGGCGAAGGAGCUGGUCCUGCGGGCGGUGCAGAAGGAUCAGGAGGGGGAGAAGGCUGCCGCUCUGUCUCUCUACUGCAGCGCGCUGGAGCACUUUGUGCCUGCUAUUCACUAUGAAACAGACAGACAGAGGAAAGAGGCUCUGAGACAGAAGGUCAAGCAGUACGUUUCUCGAGCUGAAGAACUCAAAGCUCUGGUGGCGUCAGACAACAAAAUCAGCUUUGAGAAAGCCCAGUCAGCCCGGGACAUACUAAGAGAAAUGUCCCGGGACCAGCCACGCUUACUCGCUGCACUGGAAUUAGCUGCAUCUGCUGUAGCGAAGGAGGCGUGCGGGAUGGAGGACUACGAAACACUGGAUAUGUAUCAGCAGAGUUUGGGAGAGAUGCUCUUGGCUCUGGCCGCCGAGCCUCAAGGCCGCAGGAGAGAGCUGCUCCAUAACGAGAUCAAGAGUUUGAUGAGUAGAGCCGAGUACCUUAAAAAACAGAUCAAGAUGCGAGAAACCCAGACAGAUGUCUCGCUGGAUAAAGAUCCGGUUGCUGAAUCUGUGCGAAUGUCCUGUUGCCUGCAGUAACCAUGGGAACGUUCAGACUCAGCAGUCACAUCACAUGACCAGAUGGGUGCCGUGAUGGUGCACUUCGGAUCCGGGACAAUCCGAUCGAAUCCCCGUCAGACUGACUGACUGACUGACUCCGCCCUCGGACCGCGCGACAGCAGACACAAGCUGUUGCGUCGUUACUGUUCGUUUAGAAGUGAAAGUAGUCGGUUGGAGUGAUAUCUAUACGGAUUAUUUCCACAUUACUGUACUGUAUGUGAGUUGUUUUUCCUCUUUCCUCUAGUCUGGAGUAUAGGGCAUUCUGAAUAUUCUGACAUCUAAAAAAAAAAAAAAAACUGAAGAAAAGAAACCUAAAUCUGCAUCUACUGUACAGAAGUAAAUGAAUCAUUAGAGCUAUUCGUUUUCAUUCACGCUGUAUCACUUUGCUUUCACACACACACUCACACACACACACACACACACACACACCCCUCCCUCCUCUCCCCUCAGUGCAGUGGGGUUCACCGCAGCUCGUCCACAUAACGAGUGCGCUGUGUGGUGGUGAACGUGGCUCUGGAACUAUGUGGUUUCCUCCCCGCUCGUUCUGCUCUUACAUUUACUUUGCGCCACCACACAUCGAGUUACGUACCGUUUUCUCCGCCUGCCUCAGACACCGCCGGGUAACACUUUAGAUUGGUGAUGCAGCAGUAAAAAACCGAAGUGAAGCUCGGAAACUGGUAAACAGAUCACUUAAAGCACUGGAGUGUUGUAAGAAAAAUGUCUAAAGGGGUUUCUGUUGAGGCCUUUAUAUAUAUAUAUAUAUAUAUAUAUUUUUUUUUUUCUUCUUUUUUGCUGUAGUAAUUUAUUGUGUUUGAUUACAGGAAUAAAUGAAUCUUUCUGCAAA